GUACCGGACGGCGUGAUUGCGCUCGAGGGCAAUGCCUUCCGCGACUGCUCCGCCCUCACCGCCGUCACGCUACCGGACAGCCUCACCAAGAUCGGCGGCAGCGCCUUUUCCGGCUGCUCUGCCCUCACCGCCGUCACGCUGCCGGACAGCCUCACCAAGAUCGGCGGCGGCGCCUUCUGCGGCCUCACCACCGUCACGCUGCCGGACAGCCUCACCUCGAUCGGCGACCAAGCCUUCGACGGCUGCGACUCCCUCACCGCCGUCACGCUGCCGGGCAGCCUCACCUCGAUCGGCCGCUGCGCCUUCUACUGCUGCUCCGCCCUCACCGCCGUCACGCUGCCGGAUAGCCUC